AUGAUGUGCGCCGAAGUGGUGCUCCUGCAUGACUCCUGCAGCGCGGUGCAAGUGUUUCUCGAGGUGCGCCGAAACGAAAAGAGCAGGGCCGUGCGGAAAUCUAUUGCUGGCUACGUUCUGCGGGCCCUCACAGCAGAGGCAACGUUUUCUAUCAGGUACGGAACGCGUGGCCUUCCCUCCUUAUUGCUUUUCCGCGUCGGUAAGGCGACAGGCAUCGACGGCGCCUGCUACGUUGCCCUCCCCUCACGUGGUCGCUUCUUCAUUGACUACUGUCUGGCGUGGGGCCGCCAUGCGCACUACGGGCAGGCGCGGCAGUACGCGGCGCGGUGCAGAAUGGCGAUGCUGCAGACCGUGGGUGGUGGGUGGGCCUCGUUGCGCCGCGCAGACAAGGCCCUGAUGUGCGCCAUCAUGUUGUACGAGACGGCAGCGCGCAUCCACGACGCUGCCACACUACGGAAGUGCCGUGUGUUUGUUGGGUGGGCACAUCUAUGGAACGGCGAUGUGCGGCGGGCUGUUGACAUUUUUGAGCAGCAGCGGCGGGAGGCGCAGGUGGAGGGCGACGCAGUGCAGGAGCGUCGUUGCAUCUCCGCCAUCCACUACGCCUGCCACGGCCCGUCGGUUGUUGUCGCCGGUGGCGCGCGGGGUCACGGCGGGUUUCAUCUCUCCGAGUGUUGGACCGAACUCUUCGCAUGA